AUGAACCAUAGUCCAUUGCAAGUAAGCAACAACACACUAACAUUACAUGAAAUAGAAUGGCAGGAUUUUGUGAAGAAGGACAUACCACUGACUGUGUUUCUGUCCAGUCUGAGUGUCAUUGGCACUCUGGGAAAUGUUAUGGUCAUUUUGACCGUAGGCCGACGUGACAGAUGGCGAAACUAUAGAAUACUCAUUCAAUGUCUAGCCUUUGUUGACUUGCUGAGCUGUUUUUUCAGUAUUCCUGGUUACAUAGCACUGUCUCGUUUCCGGUACUCCAUCGAAUCGGAUGUGUUUUGUCGAGGUACGACAAUGUUUCAUAUAUUUGUUGGAGCUUUUUCAGUAGACUUGUUGUGUUUUAUAGCAAUAGAAAGAUUCCGGAAAACAUGCAGGCCAUUGAAAGAGGACUUCAGUUUAAUGCGAGUAAAGUUAGUUUGUAUCUGUUUGGCAGGAUUUAACAUAGCAUUGGCUACACUGGGACUUUUUACCUUCAGUUCCCAACGUAUCAUGGUGGGUAAUCUUAUUGGUCACAGCUGUUUGAUAAACAAAGAAGGAACAUUUGCUAAAAUAUUCAGCCAGAUAAUAAUCCUGUUUCUCUUCCUUAAAAUAAUUGUGUGUACAGUAUUGUAUUGUAUAAUAGGAAGGACCCUUUUACAACACAGAAAACACCGACCUCACAUGGUGCCGUUUAGAUAUCAAAAUUCAACAAUUAAGAACAUGUCAUGUGAUCACAAUCAGGAUCAGUCAAUGGAAAGAAACAACGCAUGUAGUGUACGAAGAAUGUCCUUAAAAAGUGUGACAAGCUCCGAUCUGAAUUCUUCCUUUCAAAAUCAUGGAUCGACGAGACAUAUAAGUUCGAAUUUGAGCGGGAAAACCCUGUACACAAAAAGCGCUAAGAUUUCCUUCAUGUUUCUCAUGUGUACUUGCUUGUCAUUUUUAUCUUUCGUACCCGUUUUGGUGAUAAGAUGUAUCGAGAGCUUUGAUUGGCAGCUGAGAGCGGAUAUGUUUAAAUAUCUUGGUUCAAUGGCGGGAGUUCUUUACCGAUUCCAUGUCCUGAACCACGUGAUUAAUCCGAUAGUAUAUUGCUUGACCAACAGCAAUUUUAGACGAGACUGUACUGACUUAUGUAAAUACCGGAGGUAA